UUUCCCCGGACCCCUCCCAAUUCUCUCUCUCUCUCUCUCUCUCUCUCUCUCUCUCUCUCUCUCCUUUUGGAACUUUUGUAGCAGAAACCAAAAUCUCUCUCCUCCACGGACAAAUGGAGGACGAUCCCAAAAGAAGGAAAAAGAAGAAACACUUGGAAGACUCAACGACUUCUUCAUCCUCUGCUUCCUCCAGCUCCUCCUCCGACGAGCCCUCUUCAAAGCGACACAAACGCAGUCACAGGCGGCGACGGAGCGACGGCAGUUCGAGGAGAGAGAAGGAUGACAAGAGGAGAGAGAGAGACAGAAAGAAGCACAAGAGGAAGGAUAGAAGGGAUAGAGAGAGAAAGCACAGGGUGUCGCGGCGAGAUGGGAAGGGAAAGGCCUCGGAUUCGGAGUCCGACGGAGGUUGCUAUUCGAAGUCCCGGGUUGAGCCAGAAGGCGUGGUUAGGUUUAUAUUGAAGGAAUUCCCUGGCGUAGCUGCUGAUUUAGAGCAGCUUUUGCAAAUGAUUGAUGACGGACAAGCUGUUGACAUAAGUGGAUUAUCUCAAAAGUCUUUGGUAAAGCAUCUGAAGCAGCUCUUCCAGUCAUUAAAUCUCAAGGAAAAUGGAAAUCAAGUUUUCCUACUUCCUCCAAAUGUUUGUCCUACUUUGGAGAUUGUUGGGCCAAUAAUUUACGCUCAAACCAAAUCCAGCCAGCAACAAUCAGAUUAUUUAGUAUCGCCACACAAUAUACAUUCAGCAGCACCUGAUGAAGAAUAUAGGCAAGGGGCAGAUGAUAAUACAACAAUGCCACAUCCAAACGAGAAUGUUGACGCUCCUAGAAGGAGGGUGAUUGGCCCUGAAAUACCUUCUGCUGAGCUACUUGCUGCUGCAGCCAAGUUAACCGAAGCCGAGGCUGAGUUAAGGGAGGCUGAGGUGGAGGAAGACAAUGCAGUGUUCAUAGGCCCUCCACCACCCGCUGUGGUUACAGAAGCUGAAUCAGCAAAUGAGGCGGAGCGUUUUGAAGAGGUUACAAGAAUACUUGGAGCUGAGGUUGAUAGUCCAUAUGAUGUUCUAGGAGUGAACAGGAAUAUGUCAGCUGACAACGCGAAGAAAAGGUACUGGAAGCUGUCUCUAAUGGUACACCCUGACAAAUGUCCUCAUCCUCAGGCCAACCAAGCAUUUAUCAAACUAAAUAAAGCUUUUAAGGAUUUACAAGAUCCGGAAAAGCGAAAAGCACUUGAUGAGAAAAUCCGACUCAAGGAGGAACAAGAAGAAUUCAAGGCAGAGUUAAAGGCAAUGCGUGAGGCUGCACAGUGGAGACGCUUGCAAGGUAUAUCCAUGGAGGGAGAUGAUGUCCUCCUGGCAGAGAUGGAUGUGAAAGUGGGACCAAAAAGAGAUGAAUGGAUGACAACAUUACCUCCAGAAAGAAAACCUGGUGUAACUACUCAAACAACAACGUUCAGCAAGACCUCUAAAGAUGGACGUGGAGAUACCAGUAUGUGGACAGAUACCCCUUCAGAAAAAGCUCAGAAGGCAAAGAUGAAUUAUUUAGAAGCCUACAAUGAGGCGGCAGCACUCGCUUCUAAGCAACAAGAAAAGAAAGAGACAACUUCGGAUGCGGCAUUGGUGGACGAAUAUAACAAAAAGAAACGAUCAAAGUCUUUGGUAGAAAAGCAUCAAGAGACUGCACGCGGUAGUUCUAAAAGAAAAUCAAAGCAGGAGCGGGCGAAAGAGGAGUGGGAGGGCCAACAUCCCUGGAAGCCUUGGGACCGUGAGAAGGAUUUGACAGCUGGACGGCAAUCAGUAAAAUUGGAUGCUGAAAACAUGUCUCAGGGUCUGUCUUCCAGAUUUUCUUCCGGAUCAUUUCAGAGGAACUUCCUUUAGGCUUCAAAAGGAAAAGUACCAUUCUGUAGGUUCUGUCAUAUGUUCAUCGUGACGGAGGAUCAGCUUGGUUGAGUAUUUCAGGUGCCUUCUCCUUUUCAGAAUUAAGCUGGGCAUCUGACAACUUGAUCAGAUAAUCUAUACACUUUUUACAAUAAUCGUGAGAUAGUUCUACAAGUUGGAUUUGUGCCAUACUAUUAUCUACGUGUUGCCGACAAGCCAAGAUGGCCUGUUUGAUAAGCAAGCAACCGUCAAAAAAUGGCAUUUAGGUGAUCUCAUUGUGUAGUGUGGACUUACCGAUAUCGCCUGCAAUUCUAAGGAUAGUCCUUUUUUGUGGGUUGUAAAUAAAAAUUAAGGGAUUGCCUUUGAAAUGUGUUGUAUACUUGUAUUGCUCCCAACUCUUACCGUAUCGGACUUUUUUCCCUUCCAUCAUCAGUAGGAAAAAGAACGAAAAAAGUGGAGCCUCAAUAGGAUAGUUUAGAUAAUUUCAUUGUGGACAGUUUAAGCUCUCUUGUGUUUGUGAAUCUAUUAUGAUGGGACAGAGUAGUUAUUUGUUUGACAAUUUUACUGUUGACAACUUUACAA